AUGUCUUUUGAUAUUGAUGAUGGUAUAAAUGAUAACCAAUCUGAUGCGAUGGAAGUUGAUGAAAAGUUGACUUUCGAUCAUCAUGAAAUAGCCGAUGAAAACGAACAUAUCGACUUAGAUAUGUCUUUACGAUUAGAAGAUCUCAGCGUUAAUGAGCCAUCUAAUAUGAUGGAAAUUGAAGAAAACUCUUCUUCAGAGAUAUUUGAAAUCGUUGAUUCUAAUUCAAGGAAAACUCUGGAUCGUUUUCUUUUUCCAUUUGGUUUUGAUAAUAUUAUCGACGCUAACCAAAUUUCAAGUCAAGCUGGAAUAAUCACUGAUUUAAUUGAAAAAUCACCGUUUACUACUAUGACAAAUAAAGAUAAAUCCGUGCGGUUAGAAACAAGAGCAGAAUAUUCUGUUCACACAUUCGAUUCAGUUUAUGCUCUAACACGGACGGCUGCCGAUGGAAAUUGUUUAUAUAGUUCUGUUUCGAUAUUAAAUGUUGGCAAUUAA